UACUGUAGGACCAACUUUGUCGAUCUUCCAAGCAUACGGAAUCUGACGGAAAAUGACGAUGUCUUUACGGCUGCUUCAGGAAAUAUUGUGUACAUCGGUCUAUUCAGAACCAGAAUGUGGUCAGACGGUAGUGAAUCUUCUUUCAGAAACUGGGGGUCAGGCCAACCUGUCAGCAAUUUUAAUCUUCAAUGUGCUGUGGUGCACUUCAGCGACUCGGGCCAGUGGACUGAUGAGGCCUGUGCUUUUAAUGUCUUUCCUUUCUUCUGUUACACAGCAUACGUGUCUAGUCUUAGGGUAGUGGUUGACUCUGAAACUGAACUCAGUGAAGCAGAGAUUGAGGAGACAAUCUUAAAACUUCGUGAGGAACUUAUCCAGAACGGGCUUCCGAACAGCACCACCCUGAGUCUAAGACGGGUCUACCAGGUCAACCCCUGAAAAGGACUGGCUACAGCCAUAAACACGCAUUAUGGUGUUUCUAUCCAGUAGGCCUAAACAUAAAGUCAAUCAAUUAAUUGCCUGAAAUUGGACAUUUCGGGAUAUGGACUUUGUGUCUAAGGGUGUUCUGCAGCCUUUGACUGUAGCUUAUUCCAGAAGUGAAACCAGAAACGUGAAAAAGGAAUAAUCAUCUUCAGCUUUAAAAACCAAUCAACGUUAAUGAUGGUAUGAUUUGGAAUGUCAUUUAUCAAUGUGUUCUUCCAGAAUCAGAAUCCUGUUUCUCAUCCUAGUUUCUCAUGUAGGCAUAUUUACCACUGUGUUGUUUCACCUCUUCCUUUAAUAACAGCCUGUAAAUGUUUGGGAACUACACUGUACAAAAUGAAUCUUGCAUUCGUGUCAUUAAAGUGUAACUGCACCCUAAAAUAUGUUUUUUGAGCUGUUGAUUGAUUGAAAUUACUCAUAAGUGGUGACCUACUCUAUUACCAGGGUUAAUAUUGACAAAAAUCGCGUUUCCCGAGAAAAGUAACAUUUCGUAUGAUUUUGUAUUGGAGAUAUAGCUCUCCGCGCCCUCUACAGGUUGAAACAUGCCAUGGCAUUUUCAUGUAGUUCACCACUUUCAUUUCAAUUUCAAUCAAUCAACUGCUCAAAAACAUAUUUUAGGGUGCAGUUACACUUUAAAGUAAUUAACAGAGGUGGAAAACUUAGCUGGAAAACUGCACUUAGCAAAGGUGAUCUCAUCAAUUAGCUGCUCUACCCAGCUGAAGAGUUGUGCUAAUUAGAAUCAGCUGGUUUAAAUGAAUGGUUGACACAGAUAUGUGGUAGGACUUUUACCUUUUGAAGCUGGAUUUUCCACCUCUUCAUUAAUCAUCGGUCUUGAAAUAUUGUGUGUUUUUUAAAGAAAAUAAAAUCAUGACUAUGUAUUUUACAAAA